CCGCCGAUUCACAUUCCUCAAACACCCCCUUUCUCUCUUUCUUUCUCUCUCAACAUGUCAAAUGGAUUCUUCUUCAAUUUUCGUCCUCUUCGUUCUCAUCUCGAUGUUUCUUCAAACAAGAGCUCUGCAAUAUCAUCGAGAACUCGUCGAUGACCUCCAACCCAACUUCAUCAAUGUCCUUAGCCCAACAAUUUCUCGCCCUGAAUCAAGAAGCCCCGUUCCAUCUCCAAUCCGAACUUCUGCUCUUCUGGUUCCUGCCUUGUUCGUCAUUGGAGACUCUUCUGUGGACUGCGGCACCAACAAUUUCCUCGGGACGUUUGCUCGUGCCGAUCGUCUUCCCUACGGACGAGAUUUCGACACCCAUCAGCCUACUGGACGUUUCUGUAAUGGCAGAAUCCCCGUUGAUUAUCUUGCACUACAUCUUGGGCUUCCAUUUGUACCGAGCUAUCUCGGCCAGACUGGUACAGUUGAAGAUAUGAUUCAUGGAGUGAAUUAUGCCUCUGCUGGUGCUGGAAUCAUUUUAUCAAGCGGAUCAGAAUUGGGUCAACACAUCUCUCUUUCGCAGCAAGUUCAGCAGGUUAUGGAUACCUUUCAGCAGUUUGUACUGAGCAUGGGCGAGGAUGCCGCAACUGAACUCAUGUCAAACUCAAUAUUUUAUGUUUCAAUUGGAAUCAAUGACUAUAUACAUUACUAUAUCCGAAAUGUAUCCAAUGUGCAAUCUCUGUACCCCCCUUGGAGUUUCAAUCAUUUUCUAGCACAUACAAUGAAGAUAGAGAUUAAGAACUUGUACAACGUAAAUGUCAGGAAGGUGGUGGUAAUGGGACUACCUCCUAUCGGUUGUGCUCCUUACUACUUGUCGCAGUAUGAUAGUGAGCAUGGAGAGUGCAUCCAGAUGAUAAAUGACAUGAUAAUGGAGUUCAACUUUUUAAUGAGGUACAUGAUUGAGGAGCUUGGUCAGGAGCUUACUGAUGCAAAAAUCAUCUUCUGUGAUGUGCUUGAAGGUUCCGAUGAUAUACUUACAAACCAUGAUCAUUAUGGUUUCAAUGUCACUACCGAUGCUUGCUGUGGGCGAGGCAGGUAUAGGGGUAGGAUCAUUUGCCUUUCACCUGAAAUGGCUUGCAGUAACGCUUCCAAUCAUGUCUGGUGGGACCAAUUCCAUCCAACAGCUGCAGUGAAUGCAAUACUGGCAGACAAUGUGUGGUCCAGCCUUCAUACACCAAUGUGUUAUCCCAUGAACUUGCAUGAUAUGGUAACUCAGAAGGCGAAUUGAUCUGAAUAGGGAAGUUCAGCAGCGGCUUAAGUCUCCAGAUAAGUGUUAGUCCAGAAAUUUAGUACAAUACUCAAAUCUUAUAGACAGGAAUUUUGUGCUGUACCUGCAAUUGUAUAGAUCUAUAUAGGACUGGCAUUUUGAACUAACGUUGGCAUUGUAUAGAAUUGUUUUUGUUUUUGAUAGAAAAAUGUAGCAUUGCAUAUACAUCCAACAUUACCAAAUUUCUAUUGAUGCUUAUUGGCAUAUAGCAGUACAAAUUUU